CACUGUGGGAGUAAACGAGGAAGUCAUGGGUUGUUGUUAGUGAAGGCAGUAGGAGACCUGCUUCGUUCUCCAUUUUCAGCCAUGUCGCUUUAUAAAAGCUGUUUGUUUUUGCUAUUUUCAUUGAUAGAUAUUAACGUUUUCGCGUCUGGGGACGUAAACUUCACCCCUUCGGAAGCAACGAACCAAAUGAACCCGGCUUUGAGCUCUUCUGCUGCUGGUGUUGUUAACUCUGCUGUGUUCAAGCCCUUUGCGGACUCUGUAUUCUCCCUCAAUUUGUUGUCUUCCUUCCCAGAAGACCUGGAGAUCAGUGACUACUGCGUGGAGCUGCUCAACAUAUUCGGCCAGCGGUACGUGGACUAUGUGAAGUGUCUGGUUCCCGCUGCUCGACCUGUCAAAGUGUGUCAGAACUGUUUCUCCGCUUAUGGCAUACUGGUGGACACCUACCAGAACAUCUCAUCAGACCAGAUGGGUCCCGGUAACGUGAGCUGCAGGGACAGCCUUCUGCGCAGUGAUCGGUUGAUGCUGGUUUACCAGCUGUACAGCAACCUGGAAGAUCUGUGGGAGAAAUCUAACUGUGAUCAUUGUAUCACCGCAACGUUCCAGAGCCUAACCAACACCACGCUGUACUUCAUGACUGUUCUCAAUCAAACUAUCACUUGCUUUGAUCAGUAUAAAGAGAGGAACCACACAGAGCUGUGCAAAAACUGUAAGAACACAUACAGAGGCCUGAAUGAGCUCUACGGUAGAAUGGAGAAGAAUCACACUCUGUGUAUUGACAUAGAAGAUGCGAUGAAUAUGACCCGCAAACUGUGGAGCAAGAAUUUCAAUUGUUCCUUCCCUCGUGAGGAGACGGUGGCUGUCAUCGCUGUGUCCAGCUUCAUGCUCUUUCUGCCCAUCAUCUUCUACUUGAGCAGCUUCCUUCACUCUGAACAAAAGAAACGCAAGCUCAUACACCCCAAACGAGCGAAGUCAUACAACAGUCUGAUGAACAUUCAGGACAAACUGAGCUGAAGAAGCGGCCGAAACGGAGGACAGCUUUCUUUUGUUAACAUUUACAACCUGGGAGGAAAUGGGUUUUCUGCCUCUAAUGUAUGUCCAGGACAGAGCUGCAAAAAGGAAGCACUUGAUGUCCAUUAGUGGUGACAUGUAUCUGCUGUAAGAGGGGGUGCACAUCAGCCAGUGGGGUAAAUAAAGACAUAACACACGGAAUGUAAGAGCACUCCAAAGUACCACGCUGUGAUGUUACCUGUUUUCUAGUCAGUGGGGUUUUUUGGUGGUUGCAUAAAGCUUUUAAUACGCUUUGUUGUCAUUUUCCACUGAUGUUUAACUUAAUUUGUUAAGGCUUUCUGACUGCUCAUUAUACUGAAGACUGCUUUAACAGUGAUGAAUCUGCUGUGAAAUAAUGUAAACCUUAAUUUUGAAUGCGUGAGCCUCAAUAAACAAUUUCAUGUCAUGAA